AUCACAAACUGACGCGCCUCUCCUACCCGAUGUAACCACCUCCGCUUUUGAAUCAGAAUCCAACCUCCUCAUUCACCACCACCACUUCCGGCGACCAUUUCCACAGUAUUCUGGCUACGCAGCGCUACUGAGACCGAGAAGGCAAGGGGCUUGAACAUCUGAAUUGCUGGUAAAAUGGUUUCCUUUGAGAUGAAUGAUCGAAAGAAGAUUGGAUUAGGACUAACUGGCUUUGGUAUAUUUUUCUCAUUCCUUGGGAUUAUCUUCCUCUUUGACAAGGGAUUGCUGGCCAUGGGAAAUAUUUUGUUUGUUUCUGGAGUGUCGUUAACCAUUGGGCUGAAAUCCACUAUGCAAUUCUUCAUGAAACGAAGUAAUUUCAAGGGAACAAUUUCAUUUGGUAUUGGGUUCUUGAUUCUCAUCUUGGGAUGGCCUAUGUUGGGCAUGAUUAUUGAGGCUUAUGGGUUCAUCGUACUAUUCAGUGGUUUCUGGCCUACAAUGGCUGUUUUCUUACAGAAGAUUCCCGUUCUUGGUUGGUUGUUUCAACAGCCAUUUGUUCGAUCGUUGUUGGACCGCUAUAGAGGCAAAAGGAUGCCUGUGUAACAUGGAAAUCUAUGGAAACAUUAUGUAACUGCUAGCAAGUGCAUUUGUAAGUCCAUGUAAAGAAAAUACUCUCAUAUGGAGACCUGACAAUGUGAACUGAGUUCACAUCCUGAUGGAAGAAAAUGAUUGUCAUUUUAUUAUGAUAGUCAUUUAGUGCAAAGGAAUUUUGCCAAGGGAAAAGGUUUCGGUUUUCACUUUACUAUUUUGGCUUCUUUUGAUUCAAAGCUUUAGUGGAAAAUCAAUUGAUCUCGGCAGUUGUCAGUUCGACUCCAUAUACUUUUCUAUUCCUAUCAGAUACCUUUGGGAAGCAUCACUGCUAAGUAUCAUGGUGGCAUUUGGUUACACUCAUAAAAGCAGUGUAAUGAUCUUAGAUGAUGUUAGUGCAGCAAUAUAAAAUUACUUUCUCUU